AGUUGUCUCUCUUGCAGUAAAUCUUUUAUUAGGAAGGUUUUGCCGGCUUAUGUGAGAGAGAAAAGCAAGAUUGUUUGUCAACCUUACUAAAAGAUACUAAAAUGGCAUUGAACAAACUCGCUAUAGAUGCACUGGAUCUCAAAGAUAAACGUGUUUUGAUGCGAGUUGAUUUUAAUGUACCAUUGAAAGAAGGAAAGAUUACAAACACUCAGAGAAUCACAGCGGCCUUACCAACUAUAAAAUAUGCCCUUGAUAAUGGUGCUAAGUCUGUUGUAUUGAUGAGCCAUCUAGGGCGACCUGAUGGCAGAAAACAAGAUAAAUAUUCCAUGUUACCUGUCAAAGGAGAACUAGACAAACUCCUUGGGAAACCAGUGACAUUUUUAUCUGACUGUGUUGGACCUGAGGUUGAGGCAGCUUGUGCUAGCCCUGCCCCAGGGACAGUGUUGUUACUGGAGAAUCUCAGAUUUCACGUUGAAGAAGAAGGUAAAGGAGUUGAUGCUGAAGGGAACAAGAUAAAAGCAGACAAGGCAGCAGUAGACACAUUCAGAGCCUCAUUGUCAAAGUUAGGAGAUGUUUAUGUAAAUGAUGCUUUUGGUACCGCCCACAGAGCACACAGUUCAAUGGUUGGAUGCCAGUUAUCACAGAGAGCAUCAGGGUUCUUGUUGAAGAAAGAGUUGACCUACUUUGCCAAAGCAUUAGUCAGUCCUGAGAGACCAUUCCUAGCUAUUCUUGGAGGAGCCAAGGUAGCAGAUAAGAUCCAGUUGAUAGAAAAUAUGUUAGAUAAAGUGAACGAAAUGAUCAUCGGUGGAGGAAUGGCAUUCACCUUUCUUAAAGUUCUAAAUAAUAUGGAGAUUGGUUCCUCCCUGUAUGAUGAAGACGGUGCUAAGAUUGUACAGAAACUGGUAGAUAAAGCCAAGGCUAACAAUGUCACCAUUACCUUACCAGUAGAUGUUGUAACAGGGGACAAGUUUGCUGAAAAUGCUGCUGUAGGACAAGCCACAGUAGAAUCUGGUAUCCCUGCUGGAAGUAUGGGUCUUGAUGUUGGAGAGAAAUCUAUAGCAAUGUUUGCUGAAGUGAUAGGUAGAGCAAAAACUAUUGUAUGGAAUGGACCACCAGGUGUUUUUGAGUUUGCCAACUUUAGUAAAGGAACCAAAUCUAUGAUGGAUGCUGUUGUCAAGGCAACACAAGGGGGAGCCACAAGUAUCAUUGGUGGUGGUGACACAGCUACUUGUGCAGCUAAAUACAACACAGAAGAUAAAGUCAGUCAUGUUAGUACUGGAGGUGGAGCUAGCUUGGAAUUGUUAGAAGGUAAAGAUUUACCAGGUGUAGCAGCUUUAUCAGACGCAUAAUAGAAGUGAACAAAUCCUGUAUAGAAACUUUCAAACUAAUUUGUGUACUUUAUAAUGUGAAUGUCAUGAUGGUAGGUCUGAUUUUAAUGUAAAAGUAUUAAACAUGAUAAGUGCUAAUUAAAAACUAUAGUAUUUAUAUUUAUUUAACAUUUACCAGUUUUUUUUGUUAUUGUAAGAUUUAUUUUGUUAUGAUAAGAUUGAAUUUAAUUCCUCAUACUAGAGUUCUGAUUUUUCUUUUUCCAAUGUUUAUUGUAUUUCUUUCUAAAAAUCUCUGUUUUCCCAAUCUGUGGUCAGAAAAAGAAGUUCAUUUGCAUUUGUAAAUGAAAUUUCACUGGUUCAUAUUCAAAUUUUGUCUAUUAUUUUAUCCAUAUUGAUAAAAACUCGUCACAGACCUUUAUAGUUUUUUUAAACAGUUUAUAAGCAUAUGGUACUGAUAUUAGCUCUUCACAUGAACGCCACAAUACAAGUUAUUGGCCAUACAGUCAUAAUGUCUCCUAGCUGUUAUUGGUUCAAUCAGUAAACCAAUGAUUUUAUCCCCUCAAAAUGCAAUCAUAAUCGAACUAUAAUACCAGAAAAUGUUUACUGAGAAGAUUGUUAUAUAUUAACCUCUUGUUAUCCAUUAACGUAUAUUAGCUGUGCUUGUUGACAAAAAGUUAAUAAAACUGAAAUUUC